UCAACUGACCCUUUGCACCGCAAGCUCUGCUAUCUUUCCUUUGUUAACAGAAAGCGCGCCGACGUCGAACUCGCAAAAUCUUUGCGUCCAAAAUUUGGGUCAGAUCCAGUUCCUAUUCUUGGUAAUUGGACCCCAGGCAUGGCCCGUUACCAUGGGCUAAUUCGUGGCAAGGGGGUGUGGGAGAUGCUAAUAGGUCAGGGAUUCACUGUUUAUUUGGUCUACGAGUAC